AUGACUGGGACAUUCCAUACGCACAACUCCGAAGUCCUAUUCAACGCUUUCCUUGAGCCUGCCUACCCGGAUCGACGAGAGUACAACGAUGAAGACGAAGAAGAGGAAGAUGAAGAGGAAAGUAUUGCGAAUGCCGUGGCCAAACCUCCUCAUCGUCCAUCUUCCCCUACGCCCUCACAAACCACAGUAACAUCUAUGCCAGUGUCUUCAGUGGCGACCAAAAAACCGGAAUACGAAUUUUUAUUAUUCUAUCACUUGCUGCGAUUCGGUCAUCGCGAAGGCCAGAUCGGCGAGUUCGCUCGCGCUGGUUUACUUUUACUCAUGGACGUUGCCAUGUCUCCCGGAGAGCCUGUUCACCGUCUCACUGGAGAACAAACCUCAUCAGAAGCCACCGCAGAUCCUAUAACAGAUGCAACACUUGCAUUAGCGGAAUACAUCCUCGAUGGUGAUUUCUCUGAAGUCUUGGGUGCUGGUCUAGGCGCAGUGUAUUCCAUGCUACCCCCCGGGCUUCGUCCUCGUGAGCAGAGUGCGGAAUGA